GCAGGAGGGAGGGCACGAAGGAGGGAGAAGGGAAACCGGGCAGGUGACACGGCGCGGGGUUGCUCCGGCUCGGCAGGAGCGCGGCGGCCAUGCACGUCAAUGGGAAGGUGGCUCUGGUCACCGGCGGGGCGCAGGGCAUCGGCCGGGCUUUCGUGCAGGCGCUGCUGGGCAAGGGCGCCAAGGUAGCCCUGCUGGACCGCAACUCCGAGGCCGGACAGGAGAGCAAGGCGGCCCUGGACGAGCAGUUUGAAGCGCAGAGGACGCUGUUCAUCCAGUGCGAUGUGACGGAGCAGGAGCAGCUGAAAGGUGCUUUCAAAAAAGUAAUUGAACAUUUUGGAAGGCUGGAUAUUGUGGUUAAUAACGCUGGAGUGAACAAUGAGAAGGACUGGGAAAGCACUAUACAAAUUAACUUGACAUCUGUGAUCAGAGGAACCUACCUUGGCCUAGAAUACAUGAGAAAAGGAAAUGGAGGCGAUGGAGGAGUAAUCAUUAAUAUCUCAUCCUUGGCAGGACUCAUGCCUGCUGCAUUCCAGCCUGUGUACUGUGCUACAAAGCAUGGUGUGAUUGGAUUCACGCGGUCCAUAGCAUUAGCUGCCAAUAUGGAAAACUACGGUGUGAGACUCAACACAAUCUGUCCAGGAUUUGUCAACACGCCAAUUCUCCAAUCAAUAGAUAAAGAAGAGAAUAUGGGACAAUACUAUUCAUACAAGGAUGAGAUAAAAAAUAUGAUGCAGUUCUAUGGCGUGAUGGACCCAUCAAUAAUUGCUGAGGGACUGAUAACAAUAAUUGAAGAUGAUACUCUAAAUGGAGAAGUUAUGAAGAUCACAGCAUCCCAAGGAAUUCAUUUUCAGCAAUACGGCCAAACACCUUUUACAUCAUCAAAGAGAUAAAUAAUUGUUUUGUAAUAAUUACUUUUAGCUUUUCUUAAAUAGAAAAAUUUUUGAAAAGAGUAAUUUUGGGGGCAAAAGGGUUAGUGUUGUUUCUAGAUCAGUGUCAGUGUUCAAACAUUUGCAUCCUAAUAACAAAGAGAUAGGAGAAAAAAUCUGUUGUGGGAAGAUGUUACCAUUCUAUUCUGAUUCUAUAAGCACUAGUAACAGUAUUUAUUUAGUGGAAUAAACAUAUGGCUCUGAAGCCUAUUUUUAUAAUUAUUUUGUAGUAGGGGCCACUUUUUUUCAUUCUGGUUGUUCUGAUCAACAUGCUCCAAGCAUAGUUUAGUUGAUCUGACUUACUUUGUUAUAAUUCUUUUCACUCUAGUGCCUACUAAUUUACAUCUUGAAUUCUUCAGACCAGGAAUUCAGUUCAGGAAUCUAGUUCACAAAUGUAGCCAUAAGGAGUUAAGAAUUAACUUUCUCUUGUGAAAUGUUGCAUAUGUGCAACUUAGUAUAUUGUAUACCAUGUAAG